AUGGGAGGGGUGGCAUCGGCGAUGCCUUCAAUAAGGAGCGCCAGGCCACCUCCCAUAGGCGGUCAACCACAUCAAAAACGUCGUCCGAAACUCCCGUCUGUUGACCUGCAGGAGGCGCUUGAUCUCAUCGCAAAUUCGAAAGCAGCAAUUGUUUUCGAUGGACCGGAUGAGAGAAUUGCUUCAGUUGGUUAACAUUCGAAUUCAAAUUCAUAAUUUUUUUUUAAAGCAUGUGAGUAUCAUCGAAGAAGCCAAAACUGAAGCUGGGAUGACCUUUGAAAUUGCGAAAAUACGCGUCAAUGAAGAAUCUCGGAAGCGCUUGAGCUAUCUGACGCUGCAUGAGUCAUGGCCACUCGUUUACAUCAAAGUACGGGGUUUUUUGGUUAAAUCUAAAUCAUCAUCUUAUGUGCAAUUAUUUUAAUUAUUAUCGAGCUUGUAAUUAAAAAAAAACGUUCUAGGGUGAUCCUGUAGGCGGUAUAGAACAUCUGAAGAAAAUAGCCGAAACAAAAGUGUUGACUGAAUGGCUGAAGGACCAUUCCUACGACUUGAUUGUCAUCGGCGGUGGCUCCGGAGGCCUGGCUGCUGCGAAAGAAGCUGCAAGGUGCCCAUUCUCUUGUAUUUUAUUUUAGCUAUGAGAAUGUUUAUGGAAAUGACACGCCAAGCAAUAAUUUUUUCAUGUGGAGGCUUUUACAGGCUUGGGAAGAAGGUUGCCUGUUUGGACUUUGUGAAGCCAUCGCCUGUCGGAACCACGUGGGGAUUGGGCGGAACCUGCGUCAACGUCGGUUGCAUUCCUAAGAAGUUGAUGCAUCAAGCGUCGCUUUUAGGCCAUUCAAUUCGUUAGUUUUGAAUUAUUUUCAUUCUUCUUGCCUAUUUUUAAAUUUUUUUUUUAAAACAGAACUAGUUGUUUUCUUCCUGGCAAAGAGUAAUCUCUAAGAUUUUUUUUGUCGUUUUGUUAGUCACACGGUUUUACUUUCGAUAUAUUUUCUAGUGAUACUCCGUCAUUUUUAUAAUAUAAAUCUUUCUCCCCGGCUAAACUUUUGAAUUGAUUUCCUGAUUACCAUUGUAUCAUUCUGGUAGAUAUUCAGAUGACGCAAAGAAGUUCGGAUGGAAAAUACCGGAGGGCGAAGUCAAACACAGCUGGAGUUAUCUACGAGAUUCAGUUCAAGAUCAUAUCGCCUCGCUCAACUGGGGCUACCGAGUGCAACUACGCGAGAAACUUGUCACUUCCUUCAUGUUUAUCACCCAAUUCAUUACAAAUUUUUAGGUUACCUACGUCAACUCUUAUGGGAGAUUCACCGGCCCCUUUGAAAUCACAGCGACCAACAAGAAAGGAAAAGAAGAGAAACUGACGGCGGACAGGUUCUUAGUGGCGACCGGCCUCCGACCCAAGUAUUCGGAAAUCCCUGGAGCUAUGGAAUAUUGCAUCACAAGGUUCCUUUCAUUUUAAAUGAAUCCUCUAAUUUGUGUGGACGGAAUUUCGUUGGAGUCUCCGUGCCUUUUUAUAAAAUCAGUUUAUGAUUAUGUAAAAUUUCGGCACAUUUUUAUUAAAUAAAACAAACAGCAAAAAAAAAAAUCGUAUAUCCUGUCCGAGGUUCAAUAUUUACGACGUUAUCAACUUUCUAUUCCUAACACCAAGUUUUUGAUUGCUGUCCAUAAAAAUUGUCUUGAGCGACGAUCUGUUUUCCCUGGCCUACGAGCCUGGCAGGACGUUGUGUGUUGGUGCGUCGUACGUUUCUUUGGAAUGCGCUGGUUUUUUGCAUGGCCUCGGCUAUGACGUCACGGUCCGUUUCUCUCCUCAUCCCUCUUGAAAUCAAAUAAUUUCUUUACAAAAUUAAAAUGAUUAAGGUUAUGGUACGAUCAAUAAUUCUUCGCGGUUUCGAUCAGGACAUGGCGGAGCGCAUCCGAAAGCACAUGAUUGCCUACGGCCUCAAGUUUGAAAGGUUCGCUUACUUUGUUGAACUUUCCAAUUUGAAAAACUUUUCAGUGGAGUUCCGAAAAGGAUAGAAGAAAUUGAGCCGAAAACAGAUGAAAAAGCCGGUCGAUUGAGGGUUUUUUGGGAUCGAAAAGGCGAAGAUGGGAAGACAGAAGAAGUCAGCGAGGAGUAUAACACGGUACUGUACGAAAAACGAUGUUUCGUUUAUAAGUUGUUCAAGGUUUUGAUGGCGAUUGGGCGACAAGCGAUGACAGAUGAUUGCGGUCUUGAUCUGAUUGAUGUGAAAAGAGCCGUCGGAGGAAAGGUUGUGCCAUGAAAAUUAUUGUUCUUUGCUAGAAAAAAACUGCGUAACAGACAAAGUUGAAUCCGUUCGAACAAUCAGGGGAUUUCCUAGUGUUCAAACUUUUUGACUUGUUUCCAUUUCUCACGCAAGAACUUCGCCUACUUAGUUCGUUAGAAAAUUAUGCUUGAAGAAGUAGAGAAAAUUUUCAUAAAAAGUUUGGAAAAAAACAUAGUUGUUAGAAGAAAACUCAACGGGAUUUUCAAAAAGUAAUUUACAUUCAAAGGAAUAUUUUUUUCAACUGCGGCAGUUUUACCUAUGCUCUUCGUAGUUUAAAAAGCUUUUUAUGAAUAAACUAUAUGUAAAAUGCGAUAAAAAUCAAUGGAAAACUUAUUUAUUGAUUCACGCUACAGAAAUUUGAAGCAGUUAAAAUGCGAAAAAAACGGUGAGGAAAAAUUAUAAUUUGAAAAAAUCUAAAUAUGAAGUAAGAGUUUUUCAAAUUGAAAUGAUAGUCUAGUCACUGAGGGUACCGUAAGUCGUUCGCGUCAAUCGUGUUUUUAUUGAUUGUCGAAACACGACUUAUUUGUUUCCAAUUGUGCUUUGAAUUUAGAAGCUCAUUUACUGAUUCACUUCAGGUAAUCGGGCGUCGCGAGCAAUCGAUAAGCUGUCCUUACGUCUACGCGAUCGGCGACGUGCUCGAGGCGACUCCAGAACUGACGCCAGUGGCGAUUCAGGCUGGUCGCGUCCUCAUGAGACGCCUCAUGAGCGGAGCCGAUGAAUUGGUUUGUUUUCUCGCUGCCAAACCUGCAGGGUUAUCUUCUCAGACCGAGUAUGACGAAAUACCAACUACUGUUUUCACGCCUCUGGAGUACGGCUGCUGCGGACUAUCUGAGGAGGCAGCUGUGGCGAAAUUCGGAAAAGAGAACGUGAUCAUCUACCACAACGUCUUCCUCCCGCUGGAGUACACAAUCGCCGAACGGAUGGAUAAAGAUCAUUGCUACCUGAAGCUGAUCUGCUUGCGCAAUGAGAAGGUUUGUUUAAUUGUUGUAUCCUGCAUCUGACAUGCUCAAUUUCUCAGGAGCGUGUAGUCGGCUAUCACAUCUUGACGCCGUGGGCCGGAGAGGUCACUCAAGGGUUCGGAAUCGCGCUCAAGCUGGGAGGAACAAAGGCCGAUUUCGACAGGCUCAUUGGGAUCCAUCCAACCGUAGCUGAGGCUUGUUUUUACUCAGCUUGAUAUCAAUAGAGCUUUGGUUUCUUUUUUUGCAUCCGGAGUUUUUUUUUGUCACUUUUAUGGGAGUGGGAACCAUAUUUUUCUCAAAAGUUUACGAAAAGAAAACGUUGAUUCUGAGGCGCACUGCAUAAUUUGAUUAAGAAAACAGCUUUCUUCGUUUUAUAUUCAAAAUUUAAAGGAAAUUUGAAGAUACAUAAAAUUCUUUGCGCAAGUGUUCACUUAGGGUAUGCCAGUUAUUGUGCCUCCUCACAAAAUUAUCUAGAAAAACGGUUUUAUACAUCACGACUGCCGGAAAAAUCAGUUUUCAAUCUCUAACAACAUCAAUUUCUAGAACUUCACGACGCUGACGCUGGAGAAGAAGGAAGGCGAUGGUGAACUGCAAGCGAAUGGUUGCUGA